GGGGCAAAGCGACAAUUAUCGCGCUGGGGCCAACUGCAGCUGCGCAGAGUCGCAUUUCCGUCCCCGCCCCUGAGUGCCUGCAGAACAAUCUGUCAUGGCGGCUGGGCUGUUGAGUUUGUGCGCUCGCCGCCUUUUGGCAGUAGCGGCGACGCAAGGGCGCUUGGCUGCCCGGGUUCGCUGGGAAUCCAGCUCCUCCAGGGCUGUGAUCGCCCCGUCCGCUGUGGUGGGAAAGCGGGCACGGGAACCUACUAUGCGCUGGCAGGAGGACCCAGAUGUCGAGGACGAAAACCUCUAUGAGAAGAACCCAGACUCCCACGGCUACGACAACGAUCCUGUUGUGGACGUCUGGAACAUGCGGAUGGUCUUCUUCUUUGGCUUCUCCAUUGUCUUGGUCCUUGGCACCACCUUUGUGGCUUAUCUGCCUGACUACAGGAUGCACGAUUGGGCCCGCCGGGAAGCUGAGAGGCUUGUGAAAUACCGAGAGGCCAAUGGUCUCCCCAUCAUGGAAUCCAACUGUUUUGACCCCAGCAAGAUCCAGCUGCCAGAGGCUGAGGACUGACUGGUUGCUGAGUGGGGCUCAAGAAACACCACUUUCUCCACCCUCUGCCCGCCAUUCUGCCUUCUCCUCAGAGCACCUAAUUAAAGCGAUUAAAAAUCUGA